UGCGCCCGUCUUCCUCGACGGCCCCAAAGUACGCGCACCGCUUCGUAUGGGUUAUUUGAAACCGACGACGACCAUCGGCCGCAAUCAAUCGCCGGCCUGAGAAGAGGAUUCGACCCGAGCCGCCGCUCCCAUGCUGGUUGUGUCGGUCACGCGGGGGCGCGCCCUCCUGGAGCCGCCGCCGCUGCUGCAGAUGAUGCUGAUGCUGAUGCUCCUCACCACCAGCUCGGCGUGCGAGUGCAGCAGGAAGUGGCCGUGUCAUUGCGAGGGUGUCAAAGGUCAGAAGGGGGAGGCCGGUUACCGGGGAUACGACGGCCUUCCUGGACUCAUCGGUUACCCUGGCAACGAGGGCGGCCAAGGACCGGACGGACUGGAGGGUCAGCGUGGCUUGGCGGGACACCCGGGACUCAAAGGCUCUCGGGGUAUUCCAGGCCCUUCGGGUUUUCCCGGCCCUCCUGGCCUUCCAGGACUUCCAGGCAGCGAAGGCUCAGCGGGCCAAACGGGACUCCCAGGAUGCAACGGCACCAAGGGUUCGGACGGCUUCCCCGGCUUCCCCGGAAUCCCAGGGCUGGUCGGCCUGCCCGGUCGCCCGGGACCGCCAGGAGAAAAGGGAGACUCGCCAUUCUUUCCAUAUUCCGCUGAGAUUAAAGGCACACAAGGACCACGAGGACCAGAUGGAGACAAGGGAUUGAGCGGAGAGCCGGGCCCGCCGGGCUUCCCGGGACCUUCAGGACCUGCUGGACUUUCUGGACGUCCGGGGUCGCCGGGGUCGCCGGGAGAGAAGGGUCAAGAGGGUCCCAGUCCGGUCAGCCCAGGUCCACAAGGGCUGAAGGGACGUCGCGGACCUGUCGGUAUCCCGGGCCCGAAAGGAAGCAAAUUGUAUGUGGAGGGGCCCAAAGAACUGAAGGGCGAACCCGGUGAUGUUGGACCCAAAGGUUGCGCUGGACUUCCUGGUCCAGCGGGAAGAUCGGGGACUAAAGGCGAGCAAGGCCAGCGAGGGGAGCCGGGCUCACCGGGGAAAGCAGGAAAGGAUGGCCUCCCUGGAGAACUGGGACAAACGGGAGAACCGGGGCCUCGGGGCUUUGUGGGUCCCCCGGGCAUCGAUGGAGGACAGGGCGAGAAAGGCGACUUUGGUCCUCCUGGUCUUCCGGGCGAGAUAUCCUGGAAGUACGCAUUUGUGAAAGGGCGCAAAGGGACUGCCGGGCUUCCUGGAUCAACAGGAGCACCUGGGGAGCCAGGACUUGUGGGCUUUCCCGGACCCCAGGGCGAGCAAGGGGUGGGUCCAACUGGUCAGCCAGGCCCUCCGGGGUCACCGGGCUUCAUGGGACCUAAAGGAGAGAAAGGGCAAAAUGGGCCCGUGGUCAUUGGGCCUCCUGGACCUCCAGGGGUCCCCGGGAGUUCUGGACCCAUGGGAGAACCAGGAGAGCCAGGAAUACCAGACUUCCUGCGAGGCGCCGUCGGACCUCCUGGCGCCAAAGGUCGUAAAGGCCUUACCGGAUCUCCCGGGACCAGAGGGCGGGAAGGCCCGGAAGGUGAGAAGGGGGUGCUGUGCUUGGUCUGUCCCGUUGUUGUGGGGGCCUCCGGACCACCAGGUCAACCGGGGGAACCAGGUGCAGAUGGGCUGAGAGGAGAACUUGGUGCUCCGGGCUCCAAAGGCGAAAGAGGUCUGAAAGGUAUGGCUGGAGCACCUGGGCCACGGGGUCUCUUUGGUAUCCAAGGACCGCCAGGAUCGCCUGGUCUCACAGGUGAUCCCGGCACCAUGAGGAGGUAUGGGCAGAAAGGGGAAGUUGGGAAACCAGGAGACGUUGGAGCGCCGGGCCUUGAGGGCCGAGAUGGACUUCCUGGAAUGGCGGGACCAAAAGGCAGCCCGGGACCGAAGGGGAACCCUGGACAAGGACUUAAAGGUUUCAGGGGUCCUGUUGGAGUGACUGGUCCCAGAGGACCACCGGGACAAAUGGGGCCGCUUGGGCCGCCAGGCAUCGGGGCUCCUGGACCGCCAGGACCACCAGGGACUGUAGGAGUUUUGGGCCAGCCUGGAGAUCCUGGUAAACCAGGUGAAAAAGGUUCUCCUGGUAAAAUCAUAAGCAGCCCGGGAGAUCCUGGGCAGAAAGGAGCGAAGGGAUCGUCUGGCAACCCUGGAUCAAAAGGGGUGAUGGGACCUCCUGGAAUUCUGGGAUCAGGCGGUCUGAAGGGAGAAAGAGGACAAAUAGGAUUUACUGUCCAGGGUCCUCAAGGCUUUCCAGGAGUCAAAGGAUCCAAAGGCCUGGCAGGAGCUCCAGGUGUUCCAAGUUACGGAAGUAAGGGCCGCUCAGGACCAUCGGGACCACCGGGGAAACAUGGCUCCAAGGGCAAUGCUGGCUUUGGCUUUCCUGGCCAGCAGGGCCAAUUGGGUCCCCAAGGAGAGGAAGGCUCUGUAGGAGCACCGGGGUCUCAAGGGCCCCAAGGAUCUGUCGGACUCCCAGGGUACGCAGGACAAGAUGGAGCACCAGGUCCCAAAGGUUCCCGGGGCCUGGAUGGGUUUCCUGGACCACCUGGCCCCGUUGGAUCUUGCUUGCCAGGAGCAGCUGGACCUGUGGGACAGCAGGGGCCGAUGGGAGUCAUUGGCUUCUCGGGAGGCCGGGGUUUCAAGGGUGAGAAAGGUGAUCCUGGGCUGCCAGGCAUGGGCGCUAUUGGGCCGCAGGGACCGUUUGGCGUCCCCGGGUUUGAUGGAACUCCAGGUCCACAGGGAAGCACCGGUAUGAAAGGGCAGACUGGGAGUCCUGGUCAGCCAGGAAGUCCAGGUGUUACGGGAGACUUUGGUCCCCCGGGACUCGGUGGUAAUCCAGGGAACCUUGGGAGACCAGGAGAGCCUGGGAUUCCAGGGCCAAAAGGUGAGGAGGGUGUCAAUGGUACUGCAGGCUUCCAGGGGCCACCCGGGCCUCAGGGGGCUCGAGGGGAGACUGGACCAAUAGGAAUGCAGACCACUGUGCAGAUGUACGGGGAUCCUGGAGAUCUGGGAGAGCCUGGACCUCUAGGUCUGACUGGUGCUAAAGGCAGUCAAGGUUCCCUGGGGCCCCCGGGUCUCGAUGGCACCAAUGGCAAACCAGGAAGAGCUGGACCUCAAGGACCCCGUGGGGAAGCAGGUAGAGAUGGAGAGACCGGUCCUCCUGGUUCAUGCGGUCUCCUCGGAAACUCCGGGGAACUUGGAAAACCAGGUUGCAAAGGUGAAAAAGGUUCUGCCGGGCCCUGUGGAGAACCCGGUCUUGUUGGAAAUGAAGGACCGGGCGGACUGAAAGGUGUAAAAGGGGAACCCAGUUUACCGGGACCUGGUCCCAAAGGAUAUCCUGGAGAAAAGGGACAGCCAGGUUGUGCAGGUCCCACAGGUCUAAAAGGGGUGCUAGGAGACAGAGGAAACUUUGGUCCUCCAGGAGAUCGUGGUCCCUGUGGCCCGAAAGGAAAUGCUGGACCACCUGGUUGCAGAGGUCCUCCAGGUUCUCCAGGUGAGAAAGCUUGUGAUGGACCUCCAGGGGUCAACGGACCUCCAGGACCUAGUGGCCUGACAGGGAACAAGGGCCCCCCUGGAAAUCCGGGUCCAUCUGGUCCCAGAGGAAGCCAGGGACAAGAUGGCAUACCAGGACCUGCUGGAGAGAAGGGAGCCAUGGGGGAACCUGGAAUCGGAGCCAGGGGAGCAGAGGGGACAAAAGGUCCACCGGGCUGUGUUGGAGAAAAGGGAGCUCCUGGUACUUGCGGUCAUCCAGGGCCUUCUGGUCCGGCAGGAAAUCCAGGUUGCCCCGGUCCGCCCGGGUUCCCUGGACCCCCUGGUCUUCAUGGUAGGCAGGGACCCUGCACUGAAGGAGAGAAAGGAGGAAAGGGACUGCCAGGGGAACGGGGGCCAAGAGGGCCACCUGGGUGUCGAGGGCCUCCCGGUCCCCCAGGUUCUGGUCUUAAAGGAGAAAAGGGCUCUAAAGGGGAAACAGGUGGCACGGGCAGCCCCGGUUGCCACGGUGAACCUGGCCUGCCAGGCAUGCCGGGUCCAGACGGAGCGCAGGGAGCACCUGGACGCAAAGGUUACAUGGGGCUUACUGGGGCUACCGGACCUGUCGGCACCAAGGGUGACGACGGUCCGACCGGCAUCAAAGGUUCUCCUGGACCUGCGGGACCGAGGGGAAGACGAGGGCAGAGGGGGAAGGACGUGUCCAGAGAGGUGCUGGUCUCAGCAGGAGACCAAGGCUUGCCUGGAGAUCCGGGACCGCCAGGACAACCGGGGAGCACAGGAAUGCCAGGCGGAACCGGCGCUCCAGGUCCGAAAGGUGGGCGAGGGCUCACCGGGCCGACAGGGGGGGGCGGUUUUACCGGCCAGAAAGGCGACACCGGUGACAGGGGAGAGCACGGAAAAAAGGGUGUGACGGGCCCACCGGGUCCCGCCGGGGCAAAGGGCCCUCGGGGCCCCCCGGGCUCCUGCGUGGACACUCCGGAGAAAGAUGGCUUCCUGUUCAGCCGGCACAGUCAGAGCACCGCCGUACCGGAAUGCCCGUCGGGAUCUGUCCAGGUGUACAGCGGCUUCUCUCUGCUCUUCAUCAACGGGAACAACCGGGCUCACGGGCAGGACUUGGGAGCUCUGGGUAGCUGCCUUCCUCGUUUCACCACCAUGCCCUUCCUUUUCUGUAAUACGGACAGCACCUGCCGCUACGCCGCUCGCAACGACUACUCCUAUUGGCUCUCCACUGACCAAUCAGGAGUCAGCGCCAUGCCCUUCAUCUCGGGACCGCUCCUGAAGAAUUACAUCAGCCGGUGCGCGGUGUGCGAGUCGGCAACCAACGUGAUGACUGUCCACAGUCAAACACGUUUGCUUCCCGACUGUCCUCUGGGUUGGGAUUCUCUGUGGUCGGGAUUCUCUUUCGUCAUGGAAACGGGAGUCGGGGCGGAGGGUUCGGGUCAGCCCCUGUCGUCGCCCGGCUCGUGUCUGGAGAACUUUCGUAAGAUUCCCUUCAUCGAGUGUCACGGCAGAGGGACGUGCAACUUCUACACUGACUCCUACUCGUACUGGCUGGCCGCACUGGACCCGCGUCACAUGUUCAGCAAACCCGAGCCUCGAACCGAAGCCGGGGACCUGCCGGAAAAUUUGAUCAGUCGUUGCAGAGUUUGCUCCAAGCGCCCGUGAUCCCGACGCGCCCGCCCACGCUGACAGGGAUACCGAUAUUGAUUGAAACGACAUCAUCCGGACCAGCGACAGCACCCGUGUCAUCAAGAAGUCGUCGGGACCGACGACAGCAGAAACGACCUCACCGGUACCGACGCCUGACUUUCAAUAGCGACCGCACCCUCCGUUCUGAUGCCAUUCCAAUUGAUCUCCAAACGCUCGUUUCCGAGCGCCCUAUAACGUUGAUUGGAAAUCUCCGAGAUGUCUGGUCGGAAGGACGACUUGGACUCCAUGUUGGGACUGAGUGAAUGAGUGCCAACGCGGCAACUGCCUUGGCAAUCUUUCUCUCUCUCUCUCUCUCUCUCUCUCUCUCUCUCUCGCUCUCUCUCUCGCUCUUUCUCUUU